GUCGUAUUGCAUCUCGCAUGGGAGCACCAGAAACCAACCCCACCUCAGAAUCGGAUCACGCCUUCCGCUCCGCCCCUUCUUCUCGAUCUGUAGAUGUGUGCAACCCGUCGAUCUGUAGCCCAAAAUACCAAGCCAAGCGCUCGGUGGGAUGAAACUGCACCAAAUCUGCUGCACUGCUGAGUGUGCACUAGCCUGCCUACUUGUCCUCCCCCACUCUUUCCUCCCAUAAAUAAAUGCGUGGAUCCAUCCAUGAGGCGAGGUGAGUGAGAGAGGAACCACACAACAACACCUUCAAUUUGCACCCUCCCCAAAUCUCCCGGCGGCGAUGAGGAUCCGGCGGAGGCCUCAGGCGCAGGCGCUGAUCCCCUCCCCGCCCCAGCUGCAGCAUCAGGCCUCAGAUCCGUCCCAGCCGCCGAACUCGCCGGGAAGCCAACUGCACUGGCUGUCGCAAAACGAGGCGAAUUACAAGCCGGAAGAGGAGUUGCACUCGCACCGCCCAAAUGGAGAUCUCGGCAGCGACCCCUCCCCGCCGGCGAGGCGCGCCUCAUCACCGCCGCCGCAUCCGCAGGGCGACAACGUGGUGGGACGCAGUGACGACGCCGAGGAUCGCGGUGGUGGUGGUGGUGCGCGACGUCAGGCCGGGCCGGCAUCACACGGGAGCCUAGAGAAUGGACAUCGCGGCGAGUGUGACUGGCCGGUGAUCGAUGCUGCCGGAGAACCUCCUGACAAUGGAGUCAUCGUCGUAGCAAUGCCAGUAGCAUCGACGGUGCCCCUGACCAAGAAGGAAGGGAUAAAGAGCGACGGCCCCAAGAGGCGGCGCGGCCCCGCGGUGCUGCUCGAGGGGUCUCGGUGCAGCCGCGUCAACGGGCGCGGGUGGCGGUGCAGCCAGCCCACCCUGGUCGGCUACUCCCUCUGCGAGCACCACCUUGGCAAGGGCCGGCAGUCUCGAAGAGCCAACAAUGGCGGUGGCGGAGGAGGGCGCAGUGCCGGAGCGCCCAAGCUCGGCCGCACGGAGCCCAACGGCAGGAAGAGUGCCGCACCGCUAGCCUUGGUCGUCGCGGCGCCUGACGUCCACGAGCCUGUUGCACGUCUAGCGGCGGAGCUCAGUUGAUCGAUGGAUCCAUAUAUAGAACCGUAAAAUUCUUUGAUUCGAUGGAGAUGUGUCAGGUGUGGUGACUAGCUGUGUACUCUUCCUGCGUCUUUGUGAUUAAUAGCAUUGCUGAUUGGUGACCAUAAAAUGCGUGGUACGUUAAUUAAUUAGAUAAUUAGAUUUUAUCUC